UGGAGUAGCUAAUAUGAAUGCUUAUUAAACGUGCCGUGAUGAAAUCUCUAGCACAAGAAAUACAGGGUUUCUCCAAGGCACAUUUAAAGAAACAGUCCACACGAGUAACAACGGUUACGGGGAAAAGAAUUAUAGAAUCUCGAAGCGGAACAGACGUUGUCGUCACCGAGGAUAGUACAACAGGCAAUGCAUUUGGAUUUGUACAGGACCUGAGCUUGGAUCUACAAGUUGGCACUGUUAAGCCGUUUCUUCUUCUCUCCUCCCAGGAUGCUGCGCAAGAUAUUGACACACUGAGGAAAUUUAAGGUUUCACACGUCCUGAAUGUGGCCUAUGGGGUUGAAAAUGCCUUUCCCGAACUUUUCACCUACAAAACCGUGACCAUGUUAGAUCUUCCAGAGACAGACAUCACCUCCUGUUUUCCGGAGUGUUUUGAAUUCAUCGAUCAAGUUAGAGAACAGAAUGGAAUUGUUCUUCUGCAUUGUAAUGCAGGAGUUUCCCGCUCUGCUUCCGUUGCCAUAGGCUACCUGAUGUCAUCAGAGAGAAUGUCAUUUGAAGAAGCUUGUAAAACAGUUAAGCUGGCUCGACCCUCUAUACGUCCAAACCCAGGCUUCCUGGAACAGCUGAAAAAUUACAAACCAUGAACUGUACAACACUUCAAACCCCAACAUAAUGUUCAGUGUUUUAUGUUGCCUUUCAUUUAAAAAAGUGCUCUUUUGAAUACAAGUAUGAUGCUUUUGAGUGGCGUUGUAAAUACAAGCUUGUAUGCAUAUGAAUAUGUUUUGAAUUGGAAGAUCUCUUAGCAUUGUUUUGAAAAGGUUUGGGCUGAAUUAAAAAACGUGCCAUUCUUU